AUGGAUGAAUCCAAUCUCACGGAAGAGCAAAGCAAUGCUCUGGCUCGUUUUCAAGAAUUUACAGAUAUUAAAUCGAUUGAGACAAGUCUUCAAUAUCUUUCGGCUCACGAAUGGGAUGUUCAACGUGCUAUUAAUACAGCAUUAGUGUCAAAUUCUGAUACUCCACCUGUCACUCCGCUUGUUGCUCAACCAUUGCCAAGCGAACCACAAAUGCAGCAAAAUACAGCUGUGACCGUUCGCUUUGUGCCAAAUUUUGUAUUACAACUAUUUCGUGCUCCAUUAUCAUUUUUAUAUACUUUUUAUUUAAAAUAUCAACAAUAUUCACCAGUGAGAUUUAUUCGUGUCGCAUAUACGUUUUUUCGAUCAUUUCUAUGGAGAGAACCACUAAGAGAUCCACUCAUCGAAAUUGAAAAUUAUAUAACUUAUUUUAAUAAAAAAUAUAGUACAAGUCAUCCACCGUUCUAUCGUGGAAAUUUAUCUCAAGCUCUACGAGAUGCUCAACGUGAAAUUCGUUUAGCAUUUGUCUAUUUACACGAUAAGAAUUCACCAUUGUGCGAUCGAUUCUGUCGCGAAGUACUAUGCCAACAAGCUCUAAAAACGAUGAUCGGCAAUAGCCUCUUGUGGAGUUCAAGUCGAGAUACUCAAGAAGGAUUGAAUGCUUCCAAGUUUUUAAAUGUGAAUGUAUAUCCUUGUUUGUGUAUUAUUGCUCAUCAUGGUUCACAGCAAACUGUUCAAUUUAAACUGGAACAAUAUACUGAUUCUGACGAAUGUUUAGCACAAAUUUUUAAUGCUAUUGAAAAUGCUGAUCAAACAUUACAACAUAAUCGUGAACGAAAAAAUCUUAGUGAUUCAAGGGGUCGUCUGUUGGAUGAACAAAAUGCUGCCUAUUUAGAAUCAGUGCGAGCUGAUAAAGAAAAAGCUGAGCAGCGUUUACGUGAAGAAAAUGAACGACGUAAAAUCGAAGAAGAACAUCAAAAAAAACUACAAGAAUUUGCUGAAUUUCGCGAUCGUUUAAAACAAAACUUACCGUCUGAACCCCUUUCAACUGAUAAUGAAACUAUUCAAGUUUCAAUACGUUUACCAGCUGAUGAACCCAUCCGCCGCCGUUUCCGUCGUACGGAUUCUGCUAAACUAUUAUUUGAAUUUGCAUGGACGAAUUCUAGUGUGCCAAAUCAAUUCGAAUUGUUGUGGGGUUAUCCACGCAAGCGACAUCAAUACGAACAAAUUGGUGAUGAAACUAUAGGUGAUCUUAUGAAUGGAACUACGGAAACGUGUUAUCUUGAAGAGAUUGAACAAGAUAAAUAA